AAGUUGAAAUCAUAGAAAGAAUAAAAGGUCUCUGGAAGCUCCAAUAACACUAUAUUACAUUAUAAAAGCUCAAAGGAAGUAAACGAAAAUGGAUUACAUCGAUGAUAGUAUCAUUCACCCCAUAACGGUUUUCUUCAAGAACAGUCGUAUGUUGGUUCGUAAAUGCCAGAAGCCCAAUUACAACGAAUUCACACGUUCAGCCUUCUAUACGCUCAUUGGCUUCCUGCUGAUGGGAUUCCUAGGCUUCUUUAUUAAAUUAAUAUUUAUCCCAAUUAACAACGUCAUCCUCUCGCCUUAGGAGUUAAUUAAUAAAAGUAAAAGGAAGUAUUGAAGUGCCGCAUCAUUUAUUUGGGUGUUUUCUGUGAUUUUUGUGGGCUUUUAAUGUUAUCACUUUAAAAAAUAAUAUGUAACAUAUAGUUAUGGAUGCCUAUCUAUAGAGAUAUGGAACAAUUUCUGUAGUGCUGAUAGAAAAUGAUAAAGCAGUCGCGGUUCGUGGUAAGAUCCCAGCUUCUUAGCGUGGAAAGGGAGGCGAAUUGUGCUUAAUGACGUGUUUGUUCAUCAUCGCCGUAUAAA